UUGCAAAUGGCGUCCGUUGUUAUUGUUCGUACCGAUUAACUAUUUGUAAAAUAUAUAUUAAUCUUUUUACUGAUUUUUCUAUUGAACUAUUAUUCUGAUGUGAUGCUAGAACUCUCAAUGAUACGGCGCGAUACGUAAUAAGUACGUUUAUAUGUAUUUUGAGUGCUUUUUUUCGAAAUCUAUGUGUGUCAUGCAAAUGGGGUAAGCUAGAAUUAUCGGAUGUCGCUUAGGUUGUUUUGGAUAGUUUCAAUAAGAAUACGGCGUGAAGUUUUGUGACCUAAAGUGUGAAUAUGGAUUUUGCUUAAAGUUUAUUAUCUACCAACUUGAAUUUGAAGUGUAGUAAAUAACCAGAAUGGCUACAAUCAACUAAUGUUCCAUGCCGUGACUGUACUCCCCGUACAUUUCAAAAUGGCUGCUGCUCUUCACGAUAUAUGAGCUUUGCGUCACUGGAACAUAAAUCUGUGGUUUUGAUUCCUGAAGAGAAUCCUGUAAUUCUAGUCUAGUGAUUCGAUGUGAAAAGUUGAAUUUAAAAUACGGACAGAGUCCCAGACAAAUCUACGGCGGGACAAAAGUGGCGUAUCAUAUGUUUUGGCAGUAGUGGACAUUGAGUGACCAUAGAACUUAAAUUGCCUUGCGAACGAGCCGGAAUGUAAUGUUGCGCUUGGUUUUCCAGGAUGAUUUGGGACACGAGACAAUAGAAAUUGAGUGGUAUUAAGCGGAAUGUGACAUUGUAUGAUAGCAUGGCAGCGGACAGCGACGGGCCAGGCGCGGCGGGCGGCGGCGCGUGCGGCGUGGUGGUCACCUGCGAGGGCGACCUGCGCGACCCGCGCUUCCCCGCGCGCCUGCGCCGGCUGCUACGCGAGCUGCGCGUGCUGCUCGCGGAGCCACACCCGCACACGCUUAAAGUUAACAAGGUGGAGCCGUGGAACUCGGUGCGCGUGACGCUGUCGGUGCCGCGCGCGGCGGCGGCCCGGCUGCGCGCGCUUGCCGCGGCCGGCGCGCCGCAGCUGCGCGCGCUCGGCAUUCUGUCGGUGCAGCUCGACGGCGACGCGGCCGUCUCGCUGCGGCUGCAGCACGGCGCCGAGCUGAGGAUCAACACGGAGGCGGAUGAUGCGGGCACAUCACGAUCGCAAUCCAACACUGAACUGCUGGCCAACCUCGGCGGCAUCGGGCGGCUGCUGGCCGACGACGGCGCGUCGACGAGCGGCAACGCCGCGCACGCGGGCGGCGAGCCGGCAACGCCGCGCGACAACUUCAAGUCGCCGAACACCGUGUGCCCGAUGGACGGCAAGAUACCGCAGAACAUUCCCACGCCGACGUCGGACCGAUGCGAGUUCCCGUUCGGCAGUAUGACGCAAGCGCGGGUUAUACACCGCAAGGAGAAUACGUUAGGUUUACAAGCGAGCCCGCUGCGCCCCGCAAGCGUGCCGAGCGGGGCCAGCACGGCCAGCGCGCCGACGGCCGAGCCGGCGCAGUUCGCGCGCCCCUCCACGUCGUCGUUCCCCGGCCCGCCGCCCCCGUACCCCGCGCCGCCGUCCCCCGCGCCCCCCGCCCCGCCCACGGUGGCCAUGUCGUCGCCGCUGCUGGUGAACCUGCUGCAGAACGAUGCGCCCGCGCCGCAGCCGAGGGCGAAGCCGCCGCACCCGGCCAAGCUGGACCGCUUGGAGGACUCGCAGGUUGAGCUAGCGGUCGGGCGAGCACCAUUCGAGUACCGCGGCGCACGACCCACAAUCCGACCGCCCGCGCCCUCAGCCUCCCCCCUGCCCACGCAAACCCGUCAACAGCGGCCGAACUUUAUCCGCCGGGCCUUCGUAACGCGGCCCAACCCCCCCACGCAGUACCGGGCGCCGCCAAACGCGACGAUAGUCACGAGGGCCCGGUUCCCCCAGUACCCCGAGUUCCCUCCGCCUCCGCCGCCGUACAGGCAAGCGGCGCCGAGGCCGAGGAUACAGCCGCCCAGGGUCACGCAGGAGGACCUGCAGGCGUUAUUACCACCACCGCCGACGUCAAUGGAUCAGAAGACGCAGUCGAGCUUUCAGGAAUUCCAGCGGUACCAGCAGCAGUACAACGCGAGACAGCGAGCAGCCUCGCGGGCGGCUUCCACGGCUGACUGGAACGAGCCCUACCGGGACACGCUCGGCCUCUCGCUGCCCGACCUACCCGACAACUGCGACCUCGACCAGCUGCUGCCCACCCUCGGGGCAGACCUCAACCUCGACGACAUCUCCGACCUCGACUCCAACAAGCUCGACCUCCUCUACGAGCAGGACCUCCCCAACUCGGCCGACUCCAACCCCGACGCCCUGCUCCAAGAGAUCACCGGCGUCCAGUACAACCCUCCCGUUAACGGGCCCUGCUUGGAUAUCACCUCCAAUCAGCCCGGCGAUGUGCCUUCCAAGUCCGCAGAGACGUUCAACGAUAACUUCAUGCCUCCACCGCCUGUGCCUCCGCAAACUAAGUUCCAUAAUAGCCCUAAUCAUACGGUGACGCAGAAUCCGCCGUUCAAGUCGCCGCCCAACACGACGGUGUCGUCGUGUAGUAUGAGCAUGGAGCGGGUCGAUAGGAGUACGAAUCACUCGACGUCGAUGCCGCCCCCGUUACGUUUGCCGGUUCGAGCGACCGCUUCAGUUUCCACUGCAACAGUUGGCUCGCAAGCAACCGCGCAAGAGAUAGAGGAACAGAGCAAAAGAUACCUCAUCAAAACGCUCAUGAGGGACGACGUGCCCUCUCCACCGAAGGAACAAGAGAAGAAGCCGGAAGAAGUUACCGUGGCGCAGUGUAAAGUUAAAGAGAAUGAAACGCCCGAACUUUUUGGCGUGGCUAAAGUAGCCGAGGAUGAAAGUAAAAAGGAAGAGGAUGUGAAAUCGAAAAACAAAGUUAUUAAGAAGGAGAUGAAGGAUGAUAAGCUGGUAGCGCAGAAGGGCGGGAAGCCGAGAACGGGCGGGGCGAAGGAGAAACCCGCCGUUCUGAAAGACAAGAUUGUACGCGAUGGAAAACCUGCCAAAGUUGCCUUACCGCGGCCGCAUGCCGCCAAGCCUUCGGCGCCUGUAGUGGAGGCGCCCAAAUCCCCUUCAGGUGAAAAGGAAUCAAUUAAAUUAAGGCUAAAACUCGAUAAGAAUGAGCCUGUCGUACAACCGAUGUACAAAGCCGAUGUCAGUUUCAUCAACCAACAAGCCAAGGGUGAGAAACCGACAGACGGCGAGCUCAGAGUGCCACCGCUUCACAUUAGCCUUAGAGGUCCGCAUUCCGCCGUCAUAAAGAACUCGAAAAAAGAAAAGAAAAAAUUCACGCCUGGUGAUUUACACACGAAAAAGAAUAAAAUUCGGAAAUCCCUCGACUCAGAUGAAAAAUCGCAUCGGAGGGAUUCCGAAGAGUCUCUCGCGACGAAAUCGAGUGAUAGUACUGAAAACUCAAAGACUGAUGAGUAUUUAAACCUCAAGAACAUAAAGUUAAAUAAUCACUAUGGGGAAGGAGAGACUAUAAAGGCGGAUGUGAGCGGAGACACGAGCGCCGUGUACAGAAUGAAGGCGAUAUCGAAAAACGCGCAUUUAGUAACAAAGUCGCACGACUAUAAACUCAAUAACAAAAUACAGAGCUUAGAUAUGAAGCUGAAGAAGAAAUCGAAGCUUCUCAGCGAGAGCGGGAAAGUAGCGGAGAAAGAGAGGGACAAAGAGUGGCGGAAUGACCUGUUAGAGAAGGAGGGGAAAUAUGCGCAGAACGAGGGCUACAGAGAGACGAACAAUCACGACGCGAAAAAGAAGUUACCAGCGAAGGUGGAUAAGGACGGUGCGAAAUGUGAUAUAAAAACCAGUGAAGUGCAAUCGGUGAACGUGAACGCUGAAUGUGAGAACGAAGGUGCUAGUGAACUGGACAGUAGGUUGCUCAAGUGUCAUAAAGCCUUGGAACGGACGCUCAGUGCGGACGACGCCGAGAGCAAGUUCGAACACGACGAGACCAACAAGUUGAAACGGACACUCACCGAUAGUGCAAUUACCUCACCCAAUGGGUUACUCUCCUCUGAGAAGAAGAGGAAAACGGCCCAUAGUUCCUGUCCAGAUCCUCCUGGAUCGACAAACGUAGGCACGAUAGGCGCGAGCCGAGUGGACUCAUCUCCGCCUGCCUCUAGUCAGCGAUCCGGAGCCGUUUCCCCGAGAAGGAAAGAGAGGCCCAAGGACAAAUCCUACUGCAAACUCGUCGCUGAACGAACUGCGAGACCCGAAGCAGAGAAGUUCAGCAAUAGGUCGCCCAACUCGCAAGCACAAGGCGAAGAUUCCGGAAUAGAAUCUAUGGACGCGCUAUCAGAAAAGUCGCCCAACCAAGCCAGUCAGUCGCCGCCCGGUCCGCAAAGAAAAGAACGAUUAGACAUGCCCAGAUCGACGAGUCCGACGUCCGUACAGAGGAUAAUAGGCGUCAUAGACCCGGCCCCCGCUUCUGAUGAACUUUUAGAAAGGUUAUCGUUAGCGACGGGUCAACCUCACUACGAUCCUGGACCACCAGAUAUCGACGAUAUGGGGGAUAUUGAAGCAGAGUUGGCGAAAAUGCACGGAGACCACAUAAACGGUGACGAUGCACCCAGAAGACCGCCCGAUGAAACGAAUCAGACCAAAGAAGUGAAAAGAGAACCCACACCUAUACUCAGGGAUGACGAGAAACCGCCUAACCAAAGUAUAGAACGAGGGGACGAUAGGGGAGACCCGACGAAAGAACUUAAAAAAGAGGAUGAAGUUAAACUCGAAUGUAAUAUUGCUCAAAACAAUGAAACGUGCAAACAAGAGACAAACGUUUCACCUAAAAAAGAAAAGGGCGUAGAAGAUUUCGAUCAUUUGCCCAGCAGAAUAUCACCACCUUUAUACACGUAUUCAAAUCCAGAAAAAGUAUCUGCGUCGGAUUCGUCAGAAAGUAAGGAAGAAAAGUCAACAAUUUCUGAAAAUGGUGAAACUAAAAAUUCAGAAACAGAGUGUAAGGAGAAGCCGGAGCAGAAAAUAGAGAGGUUACCGCUGAAGGCGGACUUUCCCGAUAAGAGCUUAUUAGAGCAAUUGCUAAUAGAGAUACCUACGCCGGACUACACGGGGAAGCGACCGGAAUCGCCGUCUCCAUCUGCCUUAGAGAGAGUAGCGCGGAGUAGUGUUCGAACGAGAUCGAGUAGUAAAAUGAACAGUCCGGCCGACGGGCCAAAGACGCCGCGGCUGAGCCCCGGGAUCAACAAGCUCGAGCGGUCAGAUUCGCCCGCUUUGCAGCAGAGAAACUGUCUCAGAAGCAGUUCAGUGGACAAAACGAGUCCAAGAAUGGCCAACGCGCCAAAUGCACCUAAACCGAUACCCGGGGCGAAGCGGAAACGACGUGAGUCCGAAAGCUCGUGCGCGUCCACUAUCAGCAUAGAGGAGGGUCUCUCGCCCGGCCGGCCGAAGAAGAAGCCGCGACGCGUCGACCCGAAGCCCGCGAACCCGGUGGUGAUCGGUGGGAAAGUUAAAAAGGACUCGGAUAGUGACAGCGACGAGCCGCUGAUUUGCAAAGUGCGGGGGAAAGGAGUCAAGACGGUGAAGCCGGGUGUGAAGGUGGCGAAGGGCGCGGAGGGCGUGGGCACGCGGCGCUCCGUGCGGCACGGGCCUGCGCCCCCCGCGCCCGCAGCACCCGCAGCCCCCGCGCCGCCCAACACCACCACCGUGAGACGGAAAACGAGGAGUGCUGUGGGCGAAGGCACCGCGGCGAACCCGGGCGCGGUGCGGCGGCGGCGCGCGUCCCGCGACGGCAAGUGACGGCGGCGACGCGCGCGUGCCCACGCGCUGCCCCUGCCGCUGCCCCUGCCGCUGCCCCUCGCCCUGCCCCUGCCCCUGCCGCUCUUCUACCCGCUCGACUGACACACAACUAUACGUACUGUGAUCGACCGCGAACGCCUCGCGAGUGCCCCGGACUACAGUGUAGACGCGCUCGCCCAGCGCCCUGCUUGGAACACAAAACCUCCGCCCGGCCCCGCUCGGCCGAAAUAUACAUGUGAAUUUUCCAUUUUAUGAAUCUCAACAGUUUCUAAAUGAAAAUUUGAUAGUGCAAUACGCGUGGGACGCUUCUAAUUUAUUUCGGAUAUGUGAUACGCGGUGGUGGAAAUGCGAGUGUUCGACUUAGUGUUCAUGUUUACGAUGCCACAUGAGCUUUCGAUGAAACGGCGUGCGGCGUUGAUUACUUUUUUAAUUAGUGAACAAACGAUGUUACCAUUCACUAUAAAGCACUCAGUUUUUUUUUAAUUAUAAGUUAAUUUCUUGUAUGGAGUAUUUUAAGAGUGUCUGUACGAGUAUUUACCGGCGGAGCUCGUAUGAGAGCGAGCCAAACGCGAGAGCCUUAGUUUAGUAAUAGAAUGUAUCGAUAUUGUACAAAAAGCACUCUUACUUGUAGGCACAUUGUUAUAAUAGAAUAAAUACCCGAGAGAUAUAAAGAGUAAAUUCAUAAAGUUUUAAAAAGAUAUUUUCAUACGUUUUUGCACGACUCGUAACUUCGUGAUCGGUAAAGCGAACCGCGAUGUAGUUUUAAUACGUUUUAGCGGGAAACGGUCUGACAGUGUGAUCUUUGCAUUUUUUUAUUCUUGAAUUUAAAAAGUUAUUGACGAGAUGGCGGUUUCCCGCGCAAAACGGACGCCGCUAUUAUGAUGUAAUGUUAGUGUUUUUAUGAUUAAGAAUUCACGACCAAUAAUUGUAAUUUAAAUGUGACAUAAUACUUAAAUAAUUUCUUAGUGAAACGAUGAUAAUCGUGACUGAGUGUUUCAACAGUUGUCUGUUUGGGCUUCCAGUAUUCUAAACAAAACUUACUUUGAUCCGUUAUUGUUUAUUUGUUGUGAAUGGGGAUGGGGCUGAGAGAACUCGGACAUCUCUUGCCGUCUCGCUCUAAAUCAUUUGUUUCUUAAAGGUUUAGAGAGAGACGGCCAGAAAUGACGUGUUCGUCUCUAUCGUAUCUUCAUUCGCACGCAUUAUAUCAAUUUCUCAUUUCAGUUCUUGAUGUUUAUUCUUUAUAUUAUUAUUGAAUUCAAAACCAGUGACUGUAAUUGACUGCAAUUUUUGUUUUAGGCACUUUAUUUGCACUGUACAUAGUGAAUUGAAUUUUGGAAAAGUUAGUUUAAGUAGUAAUAGUAUUUAUUAUUGCAGAUUAACAUUUUUUUAACCGUUUUGGAAGAAUUCGUGUAGUCAUUUUUUAUUAACAAUUUAACUCUUUUUUUACAUUGCGUUUGAUGAAAUUCAUAUUAUUUAAUAUAUUAUGUAUGAAAUUUUAUUUUGCGGUUCCUAAGUCUGAGAUGAUACAAUCCAAAGCAAUAAUAAGUGGAUGUGAAUCGAUUUAUUUCUAUAGCUAUAAAGUUUUUAACCCUU